AUGGGUGCCCGGUGGCUGCGCUGUCUUUUCCUGGGCUGCUGCCUGGCGGGGCGCUGGGGGGUCUGGGCGCAGAGACCCCCGGCCGGCGAGUACUGCCACGGAUGGAGAGACGCGCAGGGCAGGUCCCACGCAGGAUUCAUUUGCCCGGAACGCUUCGACACUCCGGACGCCACCAUCUGCUGCGGUUCCUGCGCUUUGCGCUAUUGUUGCGCCGCCAGCGAGGCGCGCUUGGAGCAAGGCGGGUGCGCCGACGACCCCGAGCCGCAGCCCCCGGCGGGCAGCGCGCAGCCCACCUACAUCCCUUUCCUCAUCGUUGGCGCCAUCUUUGUUGCCUUCAUCCUCGUGGGGUCUUUCGUCGCCGUGUAUUGCUGCACCUGCCUCAGGCCGAAGCCCACCUCGCAAGCCCCUGCCCGGUUCUCUCUAGGAAGCUACCAGAUGGAGGCCAUACCCAUGAUCCUCGGCUCAGCCAAUCUGCGCGUUCCCUCAAGACCCUCCAGUCCCGCGACCAUCUCCGCUUGCCCAUCGGAUUCCCUCUGCCAUUUCCCUCUUGUCAGGCCGGAACGAGGGAGCCGGGAGAUGCCUUCACCGCCACCGUACACGGCAGGUGGCUUGCCAACGGGCCAUUCUCUCAACCUCUCUCAGUCAUCUGGAUUUGCGGUGUCGACCACACCCUAG